AUGGCUGUGACGCUUGAGAGCAUGGGUGCUCUUCUUGACACUAAGUUCGAGGCGAACUUGGCACCGAUCAGUGCACAGCUUACGAAGUUGGAGGGGCGGCCAGUGCCCGCGACCCCCCCGAGUCAGGAGGCCGUGCAGGCCAUGGUGCAGGAAGCGGGCGGGUGUCGCAAAGACAUAAGCCGCGCCGACUACCGCAACCUGAUCGUGAACGCGCAGAACAAAGGCCGGCGCGACUCUACCCGCCCAGGAGCCCCUGUUCCUUUGGCCACGACUGGAGUCCAAGGAGGGUGGGACCAGACCGCGCAGCGCUACUUGGAGGAGGCGGUUCGCAAAGGGCCCACUCCGCGCGGCAAGUGGAAGAGACGAGGGCCCAGCGACUCCAGCGAGGACGACCACGAGCAGACGGAGAAGCAGGAGCGAAAGGAGGCGCUGACCGCGGCGCUGGCAAGGGCGACAGCGGCGGAGGCGAAGGUGGAGUCCUUGACCCGCCGCCUGAAGGAGCUCGAGGGCGUGGACGAGGGCAUUCGCGCGUAUGGUUGGUUCCCCCGACAGUGGAACAAGGGGCUCUUGGAAGAGAACGCCAAGCUGCGCUUGUUCUGGGAGAGCUGCCAAAGCCCCGACUGCCCCCAGUACUCGGACGACUCUGACGACGAGUGUGUUCAAUUCUGCACUUUCCGUGAGGAGUACUGCCCGUCCUGCAAGUAUUAUUUCAUUGGCAAUUGGAAAUACAAGAAAAAUGCAGGCAGCGGCGGUCGUGCAAAUUUCGGCAAGAUGACUGAUAUCACCACCGUGGUCACGCAAACUGCUUUGCCAUAUGUUGUGGUGCCCCGUGAGAAAGCAUGGCACGCUGUCGACCUACAGCUGAUGCAGUUCAUCACUGAUGACUUGCACCAUAGCGGCGGCACGUUCACCUCCGCAAUCCACGCGUGGGCGGGUAAGCAUCCUGAGCAGGCACAGCAGAACCUCAUUCUGGGCGAGGAUAUGACACAGACGUGCCACACGCGUGUGCGUCUGGAGGACGCGUGGUACUUGCACAACGCCAUCCGUUUGGCAGGUGCCGGCGCUGGGGGCAUUGGGUGGUCGUUCGCGCCAGACGGCAUAGAAAGCGGCCUUACGAGCAUCGCGGCAUGUGUGCGUCAGGCGCACUUAACGCGUGUCGCAGAACACGUGCGGACGUGUCCGACAUGCGUCGGCAAGCUUGUCGUUUUGCUUGAUGGCAAGCACGGCGCCCGUCGAUUAAUUUGCGGCGGUUUGGAGGGGUAUGGACCCAUGCAGGGUCUGGAACUGGAGCUGUGCACAGGCUGCCAACGAAAUGCCCCAACGAAGCAGUUCUUCUGUAAAUGGUGCCGGCCGUCGACCAUAGAGCAAGCGCAUGUGAUCCCCCAGGAGAAGAUCUUGGGGAUCGCUGCUCCCGGAUCGGCGUCCAGCGGCGACUCAGCGCUGCGCUACGUGGUGCGAUGUCACGACCCCGACUUGCCCGAGCGGCCCUUCGAGGCGCACUUACCGCGAGCCGAGGUGCACAAGGAACUGUUGGCGGAAUUCGAGAAGUCGCUGCUUCGGAACAGAGGGGACCACGGCAACAAGAAGACACGCCCCGCGUGGAUCAAGGGGGCCCGGCAACUUUCGCGCUGGCUGACGAAGCAGUCGUCGGCUUGCGGGCCGCCCAGCUCGGCCGGGGCGAGUCGUGGCGCAGACGCCCAGAGAGGAGGCAAGAAGGCUCAGCGCGGACCCGCUGCUAAGGUUCGAGCCCCGACGACUGGCGGGGCAGCGAGCAAGCGGGGCAAGGCUGCGGGCACUUCGCGCCGAGUAAAAAGAGCUGGCGUCGGCAGAGGCCCGGCCGCCACAGCGCCGAGGCAGUCAGCUCGCGCCAAGUCGACGAAGCGGCCGGCGGCGGCCGACGUGAGCAGCGACGCCAGCAAGUUCCGCUCAUUGAGUAGCCGCUGCAGGGGGUGGCUAGCCCUGGACGACAAGCAGGAGGAAUCCAUCCAGGCGCGCGGCGUUGACAAACUCCACGGAAGCAACAGAGUCAGACGUUGCACUGGCGGCGUCGUGACAGCAGUGACAUCGUGCGGCUUGUUGGCGGACUGGAUGGAGCUCUUCCGAGGCGAGUCCAUCGAGCUGGUGUAUGCGUUCGCGCUGCGGCUUCACAAGGCGCCGGCGUCCACUGAACAGGAUGCCCGCGAGCUGGGCUUCGUCAUUGCGGCUCUGGGAUACGAUAAUGCUUGCAAGCUCUUGUCGCUUCAAGGGCGCGGCGCUGAUGCGUGCCAGCAGGCUCCCGCAUUGACGAAAGGGGAGAUUCGGACUGUGUACAGGAUCUUGGAGAGCCACAACCCAUUCCCCGAGCAGGCAGUGCGGCGGGCAACGCCGCUCACGUGGGCUGUGGCUUCGGCCCUGGGACAAGCGACCUCGCUGCAUGCGUCGUGCGUGUGCGUCCACCUCAUGAUUCUGGUGGCCACAACGCUCGGGGCAGUUCAGAUCAAGUACGGUGGAAUACUAUCCCGACACUGCAAGCUGCUCAUGCUCCAACAUGGCCAACCUGGGGAUGGCAAGUCGGUUGCGCUGUGGUUGGACGUACAAGUGCUGGCGUUCUUCGACAUGAUACGGGAGAGGCGCGCCAAGAAAAAACACGACGAGGCCUGCCAGAAGCACAAGGACGACCCAGAGAACCACCCAGAGCCAGCGAAAAAAGAACACGUUAAAGACACCAUCUUCAACAUGGGGACCUUCAUCGGCCUCGGGAAUUUCAUGCAGGCGCAAGGGGAGACAGCAUUUCUUGCUCUACACGAGGGGAAGACAUGGUUACCGCAAACCUUCGACAACGGCCCAGGCGGCGGCAUCGACGACCUGAACCAAAUUCACGAUCAUGACAUGUACAAGAACCAUCCUGGGAACACGCAGAACCGAUUCCUAGUGCGAAACCCGCACUUGUGCGGAGCGGUCAUGAUGCACAUCGAAGAACUGUACGACCAGGCGCAGAAGCCCGACACGACCGCGGGCAUGAUGCGUUUCCUGAUUGGCCACUUCCCAGCUGUUGUUAACAAAAUCCGUCCAGAUGUGCCGCCAUCUCAAAUUACGCGCCUCCUGCAGGACGACCCGGACUACUUCAACGACCUUGACUACGACGACGUCGUAACCGCCAUUGGCAAGAUCAUGCUGGUGGCAUCGGCGCUUUAUGUGCGAGGCGUAGAGCGUGCGGACGAGAAAGACAACAACAGGUACUCCAGGGUGCGGGGGACGCACUUCCUGCCGUGGAAACCAGACGUGAAG